AUGCGCCUUGGUGUGGGCACUGCAAGAAGUUGGCCCCGGUCUGGGAGCAACUUGCAGAGAAGUUGGAAGGCAAGGUUGCGUUGGCCAAAGUGGACGCAACCGCGGAGGAAGGAUUGGCGUACGAGUGGGAGAUCGAAGGAUACCCCACGUUGA